AUGCAGCAAGAAUUGAAAUUAAAGCGGAUGAUAUUAGGAGAUAUUGCAAUUGAUCUCAAUUUUUCCGCUAUAUUUUGUUUUAAACUCAAGAAAAUAUUAGCGAGCGGCAAAAGCGAUAAUUCCACUAAGGUUAACUUAAAAGUCACCUUAUUGGAAACUUCCCAUUUCAAGUUUUCUGUAAGGUGCCUCUGCGGUCGUAUAUUAGGCCCCACAUGUAAGACUUCACGGAAUCUGCUGAAGGCAAACUAUAGGCAUACAAAAGGAGCAGUUGUAAUUUUACGGUUUCCAUCGAAUAACGAAAAGUUCGAAAAAGAAAUUUGCACAUCUCCGUCGAGAAUACAAGAAUAA